AUGGUUGUUUUUUGGUGCACACUGCUUGGCUUCAUGUUUCACUUGGCAGAAAUUCUCGCCGAUCAGCCUCGCAACGAUGUCUGUCAAGACACCGGCAGAGAAGAAUUCGGGUGGGCUUUAAUUGGGCAUGACUACAAAAGCUCGACGGCUGAAAGUUUCGGUCGAUGCUUCUUUGACUGUAGCUUGGAUGAAAAAUGUCAAAGUACAACGUUUCUGUGGAACACUAAGGAAUGCAAGCUGAAGAAAGAGACAAGGACGUCAAGGCCAAUAGAUAUGGAGCAAAAUCCAGCUGCCACUUACAUGGAAAAUCCUUACCGAGGUAUUUUUACUCUACAUUGUUUAAGGGGAAACAAAUAGACUGCAUAAGCCUUAACGGUCUAGACAAAGUUUACUGUGGAGCGUUAAUUGCGAAUUUUUAUCAAUUCAACUACUUAUGUUUGUGUUAUCAAAAUGUUCCUUUUUACUGUUAGCGCCGUAAUAUUACUCACGAGGAAUGGUAAACACAUUGGCAGAAAUACUGCAAACUCCUUGUGAAAUUAUGAAAUUCAAAGUUCUAUGAGAAAUUUGUCAGCCGUCUGGACGUUCUGUCUUGAUGCUGGUUUGCAACUGACGUUGGGCGGCCAAGUUCUUUGAAAAGAACAAAAACGUUUCCCUCUGAUGGGAAUUAGCUCUUUUUUCAAGCAAUUAUGCAAACCAAAACACACCAUUGUAUAUAACUGUUUUGUCAACCAACACGGUCGCCUUGUGACGUGAUUGCAAACCAAGAUUAAUAAACAACAAGUCAAAAUCAGUCUUGUUUUGAAAAUGUUCUAAUAAGGAAUUUUCCUUUCUAAAUGAAUGACGGUCAUUAAGACCCUUUUAAAACGUCGAGCUUCACUUGUGCCAAAUCUAAUACCAAUGAGAAAAUUUAAAAAAAGCUGUUAUCCUCGCUCAUAUGCAUUAGAUCCAGCACAUGAGAAGUUCUAGACCUAUAAACCGAGCCUAACUCUGCAAGGGCGUAAAUCUUAGUGUCGGUUAUUGAAACAAAGUAUUACUUAGAGCAUAGCUGAAGGAAUCAGUUUUCCCCACCAGCAAGGAAAACUGAACAAAUCGAUACCCAACAAUAAAAGCCUACAUUGGUACAUUUAAACACCAGUCCAAAUGCCAUAUGGUUUUUUUAAAUAAGUCUUUAUUUUCCUGUACAUAAAAUAUAGCAAUUACCCCUUAUAUUCUAACGGUUAAUUACAGAGAUGCAUUAAUCAGUCCUGUGCUAAUUUGAAUGCGGUUUCUUGCAGCCAAAAAAGGCUCAAAAGCCUCGGUUCCAGGCUCGUCCUGCAAAGACAUUUUAACAAGUGGUGAGGCUCAGGGAAAUGGUGGAUACUGGAUUGACCCCACUGACUCAGGAGAUCCCUUCAAGGUUUUCUGUGAUAUGAAUAGUUAUGGAGGUAAGCAAUCUUUUAAACUUUCUUUUUGGUUUAUUUCUCUUUUUGUAGAUAAAAGAGGACGGAAAAAACUCAGUCUAUAAAGAUCGAAGUUUUCAUAACACAUUAGCCAUGAAGAAUUUACAUUGCCUUAUGUAGAUUCCAAAUUAAGUUUUAUAUCACGUCGGUUACUCCCCCAGAAUUCAUAACAGCACAUCAGUGAAUUUCAUUAUUCGACGAUCAUAGAGCAAUAUUAUCGCGUAACUUAGCUUUGACAAAUAGCCAUCUAUCGAUCACCGAUUGAAUGCUUUUAAGUAAUGCACCAGUUAGUUUGACUAAUUUGACUAGUUUGAUAGCCCUCAAAUUUAUGCAUGUUAUUGGUCCGUUGAAUAGUUGAAUAGUUAAAUGCUUGAAUUUUAUUGGUCCGUAUGCAAAAAGUCCUCGAAAAUGAUACCAAAUUAACUUCUUAUAGAAAGCUUGUCUUAUGAGUCAUUUCAAUCGGUUAUAAUCAGUUACGAGUAAAGUAAUGGGUCAGGUUAGGGUUACAGCUAGAGGCAAGGUUUUGCGCGAGGUUUAAGGUUAGGGUUAGGGUAAGUUAAAGUUUAGGGCUAGGGUUAGGUGGGGAUUGGAACAACAAUCGGUGACAAAAUUGUUGAGACAUUGUCAACAAAUGAGGUAACGUCGAGAACAAAACUAUCCACACCACUCCCUAUCCUCCUCAUUCAAAGAUAAAAAGUUUGUUUUUUUCUGCAGGCAGCCCGAACAGCGGCACAACACUACAUGGAGGGGAUGGGGUAGGGAAAGUUUUAUUUUCCUUUUUUAACUUUAGGGCGAAGUGUCUCGACUAAUUUUGUCACCGAUUGUAGGUUAAAGGUUAGGAUAAGAUUUUGGGUAAUGUUUAAGCUUAGGUUUAGCAGUUCGGGAGUAUGCCAGUUUUGGAAGAAGCGGUGACGUCAUGAUUCCAUUGUUCUGCUAAAAAUGCGCAAAAAUGGGAAAAAAAUAAUCGCAAGAAACAUGGAGCUUUUUUCAAAGCCUUUUCCAGGUCCUCUCGUUCAAUAUCCGGGACUUCCGAGCUAGCAGUGCCGACAAAGAGGCCUUCUCCUUGCUUUUUGAAUGUCAAGGGAAGUUUCCUGCCACAUUUCGGUAGUUAAAAGCGACAGUUUUCAAACGGCCUUCGAAGACGCCGCCGCCAUCUUGACGGGCAUCGAAUGUAAGUACAUGUCUUCAUGUUUACUUUUCAGAAUCUUGCCGAAUUUUUACGGAAUCAAGACUAAUUUUCCUCAAAACUAAAACGUGUAAAGUGUGUUCAGGCAAAGUUCCAUCGAUGGCCGAAGCAAACUAGUAAAAAUGGCAACCACGCACUGAGAAUGGCCAGCGGGCAGGAAGGGUUACUAAAUUGAUGGGUAUGCCUUAGUCUGUCUAUGUAGUUUUAGUUGUAAUCGAUCAAGUCUGUGUUUGGUUGUUUUCACCGGCAAUGUGAGGGUGCUGUACUUGUGAGAUACAGCCAGGCACUGCCAGUCAGUGAACAAGUUAUCCUAAUCACUUCCCUUAUGGAUGGUCGUUCUCCGGAAGAAUUAAUCAAGGGGGUUAUGAGGUCUCUUCAAGUGGACUCCCUGCAAUUGUUGACCUACAAUUUGCUUCGUGGCCGAGUAAAAGGUGUUUUAAGAGAUGCACAGUCAUUUUCUCAAACUUACAAAUUUAAAGCAUUGAGAUCGUCACAAACGUUCAUAUGACUUGACUUGCAUGACUUGCAUGGCUCCCUUGCUCGCAGGUUAUGUCAGGACCAGAAAUAAAAUGUUUAUUCCCAAAAAACAAAAUGUUACAAUAAAUAACUUUGAUUGUAUGUUUACUCUGAUGUGUGAGCUUUGUUUUCUUGAAAGUGCUAUUCAAUAGAAACAUGGGGAACUGUGAAAAAGAACUUCGAAAAAUUUAUGUUGUGUCCAUGCCAAGUGCAGUAAUCAACAUUAAUAUUUUGGGCAAAACCUUCUUGUCUAAGGAGAAAAGUGCUCCUAGAAGUUACAAUGCCUCUGGUUUGAAGGCAACCGCAGAGUUAUAAUUUAGUAUUCAGGUGUAACAUCAAAUCCCAUAUAAGAGGAUAUUUUACAACAACGUUAACCCAUAACCUUGUUGAUCUCUGACCUCUGGUCAAAUCCGGUGGACUGUAUAAGACUGUAGUAUCCCAUCUUUUAAAAUGGGAUACUAUAAUCAAUAAAUCAAUAGAUCCAAAAACAUGUACUAACAGGCAUUCUUAGUUUUUCUCUAUGUAUAUUAAAUUUUAAAGAGUCUCUUCCAUUUGUUAACCUUGAGCAAAUAAUCAGUGAACUUCAGACAGUGAAAUGAUUGAAAGCAAUAGGUUUUUUUGAGGGGAACAAAAAAUAUGAUCACUUCGCCGGUUUUCAACAAGAAAACGCGAACACAAUACCCUCAGAAAUCCCUUGUAAACCUAUUGUAUACCUGGACGGAACCGCUUCACGGCAUGAUAAAUCAACGGAACCUCAUAUUCGAAAAAAACAGAUAUUUUACUCACAAAUGAUUCGCUUGCACCAAAACAAUAACCUGAAUUACAGCCAUCUUCUCCGGCCAGUUGCUCACUCCAGAGAGAGAAACAGAAACAACGGGAAAAACUACAAGAAAACUUACUCUUUGCAAACAUAAGGAAAUAAAUUACAGAACAACUCACUUUCCUAGUUGUUUCCAAAGCAUUAUUCUUUCUUAUAAUAUAAAAAAUUAAUGAGAUAAAUAGGCACAAACGUGUUAGCGUGCUUACCUACACGUAUUUUAAAAGUACCGAUUACACACGCAGUGAGUACGUAGUGCCCACUAAGAGCACGAUAAGCGAAUAACUAUAGCGCAAGAAUGGUUACUCUGUGUCCUCAAGGUACUUCCCAAUUCAUAGUAGCGCGAAGUCAAAUAAAAAACUCGAGAAAACGAGAAUAAACGAGAAUUUUGGUCAAUACUCUUUCCUCUCCCUUGUCCGCCAUUUUGAAUGUUUUGAAAAUGACCAUUGCGAUGGUGAUCAUGUUAUGGUCGGUGACGUAGACUAUUGUUUUCGCUUCUUCCAAAACUGGCAUACUCCCGGACUGUUUAGGUCAACUCAACAUGAUGACUCAUUCAUUGACUCAUUUACACUUUGGCUAUGUUCACAUUUUACCAGAUAGGUAAAAUUUUGCGAAGACACAAAAAGCUAUCCAGCAAAGUAUGACCUCAGGCCAAUCUGGUCAUCUUGCAGUAAGCAAUGGGCCAUUUGCACGACGGCGUAAUUUUACUACUACAACCAGAAUCCUUUUCGUUUUUCCUUUCAUAUUUAAAUUUUGUACUCCCAGUGAGGUUUAAAAAACAAAAGCCCUAAUUUGCACAAGAAAGCAAAACCCUGAAGGAUUCUGGUCGCAGUAGUAAAAUGAUGUCAUAGUGCCAGUGGCCUAUUGUUAGAAAGUGCCUUACGGAUGCAAAAGAAAGCUGCACGCAUUAUAUCGGACGCCGAAAGAACGACAAGCCACGCGAGUUAACUAUGUUUAAUGAAAUUGACUGGAUUUCAUUUUUUAUUGAGGCAUUAAUGACUCCCUAAGGUUCAGUGACAUAAAGGGGGAGGCAGUAGAAAACAUUUGUAUAACAAGAAAAGGGGGGUGGACAACUGAGGGAUAACAAUGAUUACUCCUCCCCCUACACCUGUAAGGCUUGUGAAACUAAGGAAGGAAUUUUAAAAAAAAUUCCACUUUUUUUCUUUCUUUCUUUCUUUUAUUAAUAUUAUAUUAAUCACUAUAAUUUGGUAAAGAGCCCAUGCCCUCUAGGGUAGUGAUGUCCCUAGGAGGACCCCAUAGGGUAGCGGUGUCUCGAGAGGCCUCCCUACAUUAGAGUGUAACAUGGGGUGGACCAGAAGAGGGAUGCUUUUCUGGAAGGAGAAUAGCUCAAAUGGUGAGUUGUAUCAUCUUGGGGUAAGGGCUAUCCCACAUACUGUGGGGUAAAGUGCAGCCCGGGGUGCACUUCUUUGCCAACAAUAAGUAAGUAACGAAGUAAAAUGUACAAACACCUAGGAUUUAAUUGAUGGAUAUUUCGAACUAAUUUUUUUUUAUAAUGGUGGCAAGGUAAUGAGUAAUAUGAUGUAACAAUCAAGGAGAAAAAAUAACCAACUAAAAUAGAAUAAAAUGAAAUCGCAUAUGAUAAAAAUGAAAUAAAAAGAGGCAGGACAAAGCACAGGCAUAGCGAUUAAUGGAGACAAAGCUUCCAGUUGGUUGGGAGGACAGGGAAAAAUACAAUAUGCAAGUGCAAGUCUGGAAACUUGUUUGAAGAGUAAAGCAAGUGGCUAGCAAGUAGUAUGAGGGGUUUACAUAGGGCAAGACAAGUGAGAAUCAUUUGAUGCUGUGGAAAUUACUGUAUAAGAAUUAAAUUACUUAGCAAAGAGAGACAGGCAAUUUUAAAUAUGUUUUAAAUAGUUAAGUAGCCUUUUAUAUUAAGUCCGUAAAUUAGUAAAACAAGGUCAAUUUUCAUUAUAUUUUUACUUGUUUCAAAUAGUUAAAAUAUUAAAAUAAGAGUCUAGAUAGUUUUUAAAUACUAUUUUUGCUUGUUUUCAAUUUUCUUUUGCAGCUGUCAUAUGUAAAUUUUGAUUUUUUGGAUGACAUUGCAAAAAUUAUUUUAAUAUUUUAAUGAUUUUAUGUUAGUAGAGGGCCACAAGUGUAUCAGUUUAGACCAUAACUGUCAAGUGUUAUCCUCUUUAAAUAAAGGCGUCCCUUCACUUCACUUCACUUAUCCAACAUGUAACUCUCCACUUCGCUCAGGUCCGUCACAGAAAUCGGGCCGAAAUCAUCGUUCUAGUAGGCUGAUUUAGCAACAGAACGGGAACGUCAUUUGACGACAGGAAAGCGCGCGGAAAGGACUAAACUCGACUUCCGGUGCCCAAUUUGCUACUCUGUCAUUGGUCAAGCCAGUUGUUUGAUUUGCGCUCGCCGUCGUCAUCUGACGUUCCCGUUCUGUUGCUAAAUCAGCCUAGUGUGUGAACAGAAGACCGAUCCCAUUAUAUUUUUUUAACUGGUGCAAAAGCUAUCCGGUAUAGUGUGAACGUAGCGUUAAUCCGCCGUACGGAAAAAGAUGGCGGCUGUACAUUUUACCACAAUUCCUUUUGAACCUAACACGGCCAAUUACACAUAAAGUUAUAAAGUCAUGUUUUGGGGGGGGGGAGGUGAAAUUCGUCCCUGUAAUAGCAACAUUCCCCAUCUUAGGUUUGAAAUUUUGCAAAACUCUUCUGUGCGUUUUUAUGCGCAAUUUAUGGUUUUCAUGCGCUAAGAACUGUGGGUAAAUGUACCAGUCAUCAUCUUUUUAGGUACGGUGGAUUCUCACAUCGUCUCAUAAAUUUUUAAAGUACUUUAAACAACUUUCUAUAAAAUUUUACCACCGAAAACAUUUAACUUAUUGUGGCUUCUGAUAGUUCAGUAUAGCAUUAAUCAUUUUUACUGGGUGAUACUACUAAUCUCGUUUUACCUAUUCGUUCCUAUGAUUACCCAUUGUUUCAGGUGGAUGGCUUCUUAUCAGUCGCUUUAUUAUGGAAACAUCGGAUUCAAUAAACGAUAUUUCAAGCUCGACGGAUUCCUAUAGGACAAUUCUUCCUGCAUACGCUUCCAACAGCCAAUAUCUGCUGAGAAACGGCUUCAAUCAGUUGAAACAAGACAUGGGCUUCACUCAGAUCCGACUGUAUUGCUUCAAAAAGACAAGAGGCCGAGUUUUUCAUAUCAUGACUAAGGAAGAUGAUACCAAAGGGGCAAACGUGGUGAAGUUUUUUACUUCGUCUAAUAACAUGCCCAAAGCUUGUGGAUCCUUUUCACGCCUACCAGAUGACAACUCGUCUCUGGCAGUCCAUUGCGACAAGUGGGGUUACCCGAAUACAGAUCGAUGGGGACAUGGAAAUAUGUUAACAGAUAGUCGCCUUUUUUCAAGGCCCAUGACACUGGCAUCUGUUCCCCGGUUUUAUCGCUUAAAAGGUCCAAAAUAUCAGUGUGACGACAACGAUGAACUCAACCCUUCAAUUGGUGACACCUGGCAGGUCUUUGUGCGAUAA